CCCCCUCCCUCGGCGGUUACGUCAUCGCGGCGCGCCGCUGCGCCGAGCCCGGGCGGCAGGGACGGGAGCCGCGCUGGGGGCGGGGGCCGCCGCCCCCUCGCCAUGUCCGCGGAGAGGUGGCCGGUCUCGGGCCGAGGCGGCGAGGGCAUCAAGUUGUCAGCAGAGGUCAAACCAUUUGUUCCAAAACAUGUGGCAGUAGCCGUGGCAUGGUCAGAACCCUCAGAAGCAUGUGUCUUUCCUAGGUACUUAACUACAUGCUACCCAUUUGUUCAGGAACCAUCUUUGGAUAAUGUUCUGGGAGAUCCUGCCUUCUGUGAAUACUCCAACUGCUCUUACUCACCUGAUGUUGUUUCAAAUGUAUAUCCAGUAGCUGGCUCACAGUAUCAUUCUAACAACUCAACACACUGUAAUGGUUCAGAAAUAGUCAGUGAAUCUGCUGAGCAAACAUAUUCAAUCAGAGAAGAAAGUAAGAAUCUUUCUAAGCAGAGGAGAUCAAAAGAGAGUGAGAAAAAAUUGGACAAGAGAAGACAUGAUGGAGAUGACUCUUCUGUCGGAAUUGUGAACAGGACUUCAUUCCAGACCUCUGCAUGCAGCAGAAAUUCCAUGAAGCCAGACAGGUUCAGUAAAACUACAAACAAGAAGCCAACUCAAACUCCAAAACGAGAGUCUCUUCCUGUACCCACGUUGGAAGCUACCGUUCUGGAUUUCCACAAGUCACAGAGUUUGGGAAGCAGUGAGAUAUUGAAUGUACAGCACAAAAAUGGACCAGUAUGUUCAGCAGAAAGUAACAUUAUGUGCCUUAGUGAACCACAGAUGUCUCUGUUGUUGAACACAGAGAAAGAUACUUCUGUGGAAUGUGAAGCUUCAUCAAAAACUUUAGAUGAAACAUUAGCCAGCUUAAUUCCCUCUUCAUGUGAUGGUAGAGUGGCAUUUUCUGAAACACCAGCAGAAGGCUCUGCUCAGCCACGUGUGUCUUGGGCCACGGUACUUUCACAGUCCCCAAAGAAAAUUGUGUCAUCACCAGCACCUGAAGGUCAUUCCAGAGCCAAAGGGAAGCAGGAUAGUGAAGCAAAGCGGUCAGAAACAAAAAAUGAUGCUAGUGAAACUGAGCCUGAAGAAGGGUUGGAAAAGAAGAAAAGAAAGAAGAAAAAGAAGAAAAAACCAAAAUCACCCACUGACAUAGAGAAACCUCAGAAUGAGUCUACUACAACACAGGAACCACCAAGGAUUGAGGAUGCUGAGGAGUUUCCUGAUCUGGCAACUGCUUCUGAUAGGAGAAACAAGCUAGGAUCUCAGAAAUCACCAUUUGCUCCUGCUGCCAGAAAGCAGUCUGAAAUCAAUCUCCCUGAAGAGCCUUGGGAUAGUCAGUCUCCCAUAUUGGAUGGAACUCCCAGGGUCGAUGGACUGUCAGGGAAACAAGCUUCAUCUUCUGUACUAGAAAGAAAGAAAAUGCAGGAAGUAUCCAGGAGCAGUGGUAAGAAGAGUCAAAUUCCCGUGCAGUUGGAUUUGGGUGGCAUGCUGGCAGUCUUGGAGCAGAAGCAGCAAACGGAGAAGUCAAAACAGUCUUCUAAGCCUGUCGUGUUUUCAGUUGGUGGUGCCAUACCAUUGCUUUCUAAAGAACCCGCUACAGCCGCAAAAAGUCACCGGUUAAACCAAGGAAAGAUGCCUCAUAACCCUUUGGAUUCCAGCGCUCCUUUGGUAAAGAAAGGGAAACAGAGAGAAGUCCCUAAAGCAAAGAGACCAACACCUCUUAAAAAGAUUAUUCUGAAAGAAAGAGAACAACGAAAACAGCAACGCCUGUUAGAACAGACAGCAGUACCAAAAGAUGAAGAUAAUAUUUGCCAGUCUGCGGAAAAUAUUACUGAAGAUGAAACACCUCUACGGGAUACUCAAGCAGCUGUUCCUGUAAUGCAAGUUGCUGAGGGUUUUGUGGAGAACAUCGGGAUCAAGGAACCUACAGAAGGUUCUGUGACUUCAAAGCAGCUCACCUCCAAUCUUCCAAAAAUCCAUAGUAGGAAAUUUAGAGAUUAUUGCAGCCAGGUACUUAGUAAAGAAGUUGACAGUUGUGUGACAGACCUCUUGAAAGAACUGGUUCGUUUCCAAGAUCGCUUGUAUCAGAGAGACCCAGUAAAGGCCAAGAUAAAACGGAGGCUUGUUAUGGGUCUUAGAGAGGUUUCAAAACAUCUGAAGCUGAAAAAACUGAAGUGUGUCAUCAUCUCUCCUAACUGUGAAAAGAUUCAGUCAAAGGGUGGGUUGGAUGAGACUCUGCACAACAUUAUCGACUGCGCCUGUGAACAGAAUAUCCCGUUUGUUUUUGCCCUUAAUCGCAAGGCCCUGGGCCGCUGUGUGAACAAAGCAGUGCCUGUGAGCGUGGUAGGAAUUUUUAGCUAUGAUGGGGCUCAGGACCAUUUUCACAGAAUGGUACAAUUGACAACAGAGGCCAGAAAGGCCUACAAAGAUAUGAUAGCAGCUUUAGAAGAAGAAGCUGAAGGAGGACUACGAGAAACUGAACCUGGCAUCUUAACCACUGAAUGUGAAAAAAAUGGCUUAUCAGAAACUGGUAAAACAUCUUCCAAGGACUCUGAUGAGGAUGUACCAAAUUAUAUUAAAAUCUGGAAGAGAAAACUUGAAGAAGAGUAUAAUCCGUAUGCACUGGAACUGGAAAAGAGCGCAGCUGCUGAUAUGCUGUUAGCAAAUCUGGAAGAGCAUCAGUAAAUCCACAUCCAGUUCUACUGGGCUUCUAAUCUUCUUCUCCUAGGAAGAGGGUAGCAAAAUACAAUAUUUUAAGAAAUUUAUGAAGUCAGUUAAGUGAAGUACUCUGAAUCCCUUUAAGUAAAAUACACAGUGGAGCACAUGAGGCACUGGCUAAUGCUUCUAUGGUGUACGUAUUUGGAUUAUUACUAUAGCAGGUGACAACAGCAAAUUGUCUUAGUCUCAAACCACUUGAAUUUGCUUGGUGUAUUUUAAUGGUUUAUUGAACUAACAUUGAUUUCUUGGUGAUGCAGUAUACUCAAAAGAUUAUUUUAUUUGGGAGGAGAUUCCAUGGGUGAGAAAGCCAUGACCUUAUGGGGAUUGCUUAACUUUUGUUUUUAGAACUUAAGCUGUUUUUUAUUUUUGGUUUGUUUUUUGUUGAUUUUGUUUUUCUUCUAAAUAAACCUGCUUAGGUGGGUAGGCUGGCAUCAAUGUUACUUUCUGCCAGUCAGCAAGAAAUUAAUUCUGAGCAGGCAGCUUAAUUUAAACUAGUUAAGGAAGGCCAUGAUGUCAAAGUUCUCAGUUCUUCUGUUCUUCUGGGAUCAUACAGCAGGUGUAAAGGAGAGAGCAUGGACUGCAAAGCUCCGAAAUUCCUGAAGUGAAAAUGCUCUGCUUAGAAAUUUUAUAAAGUUUAUUUAGUGUAAAAUGAUGAUGUUUCUGAUGCUACUGAGACUCGUUUAUCAUAGGUCCUGCUUUCAAGGGCAGCGAAUGUGUGAGCCUGCUAUCCUGUCUGAACCUUCUUUAUGCCAUCAGACUCCUCAUUCCUUCAGUUGGGGGUUGAGUUAGUGUACAUAUGUAAGAGGUUUUGGUCAAUCUCAGUUUGUAUGUAGGGUAGGGAAAAUUUAUAUCUUAGAGGAAAUAAAAAUUUUUAUCUUAUGGGAAAUAAAAUUUCAAGAACAAAA